AUACUAUUAUAUAUUAUUAACCGUGAUAUUGGUGUUGCCACGCGUCAAUCACUGGAAAGCUAAAAAAUUAUUGAAUAAAAAAUUAUAAUUGUUAUAAAUAAUUAAAAAAUAGCAAUAAUGUCUAUCGUUGCAGUGCUGAAGAAAUUUUUCAACGAGUACAGCAAAAGUACACCCAAGAAACUUAAAAUAAUUGAUUCGUACUUGCUGUACAUUUUACUCACCGGUGUCAUACAAUUUUUGUAUUGUUGCUUAGUUGGCACAUUUCCAUUCAACAGUUUUUUAAGUGGAUUUAUUUCAUGUGUUUCUUGCUUUGUUUUAGCAGUUUGCUUGAGACUACAAGUUAACCCGCAAAAUAAAAGUCAAUUUUAUGGAAUAAGCCCUGAACGUGGAUUUGCUGAUUUUAUUUUUGCACACAUCAUCCUCCAUCUCGUCGUAAUGAAUUUCAUUGGAUAAUUUAAAUAUUUAAUUACUAAAAAAAUCAUCAAUUAUUGAAAUUAUAUCUAGACGACAAAAACUCUUUGCACUAUUUGUAAUAAUGAAAUAAAUUUAUUAUUAAUAA